UGUUGGCACGGAGUGGUGGGUGUGGCUGCACCUUCUGAGCAGGGGGUUCCUGUGAGCCAGCCGCAGAUGAGAACUGCCCAGGCUGAGCCCUCCACCCACCCAGCUCACCCCUGCGACAUGCAUGGCCCAGUCUUGAAAGACAGUUUGGCCCCUGGCUGAGCCACAGGGAACUCCCAGCAGGUGAAUCAUGGGGAGAGAUUUCGGGUGUAGUGUAAACCUCGACCAGAUGCAGAAGUGAUGGAAUGGAAUCUUCAGAAGAGAAAACCCAGGCUUCAUUUGUAAAGCACUGCAGAUCUUGUACAUCAGAGACAGCCUUCACUUGCGGAGAGGGUGGCGAGAACUUCCCAGGCAGCACCCGGCCCCUCGCCGUGGGGAGAAGCCAGGUGGGCAUGUCAGGAGCUUAUUCUCUGCUGUCAUCGCCACAGGGUCCUUUUGGGUAUUGGAUUCCCACUGGGCUGGAAAGCACAACUGAGGCCGUAAAGCCUCUGCCUCCCAGUGGCCCUUGUUGGAGGGAAUGUUGCUCCAGGGUCAGUUGACUCUGGGACUCUGGGUUGGAGCAAACUAGAAAUCAGAAAUGCAAGAAGGGCCCUGGAGCCCAGGGACAGUUUCCCACAAGGAGAGUCUUCAGGAGGAUGAGCUGUGAAUACAGCGGUGUGAGAACAGGUGACAGUCUGCACUCCAGCAAUUACUGGAGCAAUCCUCUGGUAGAUGCUUUUCAUAAACAGAACUCACACGCACCAGGGAAAGCGUCCAUGAUCUACACAGGCAAGAAUCUCUGCACGUGGAAGAAAUGUGGGAUGGCUUUAACAAACGUUGAUGUGCCUUUCUCCUGAGGGUGGGCCCGAGUCAGCCCAUGAGGAUUUAUGCUCAGCAGAACCACAGGCGUGGUCAGGCUCAUGCAGCAAUAGCACAUUCACAUUGAGAAGCCUUAUGAAUGCAAAGAAUGUGGGCAAGUAUCUUGUGUCUGCUCUGCUUUUGUUCCAAGUAACAUUUCCCAUUCCAAAGACAGUCAUACUUGGAGUGCAAAGUAUGUGGGUAUACCUUUUGUGGCAACUGUUUUUCCACUCAUCAUGUGAGGGUUCUCACAAGAGAGGGCCCCAGAGUACAGUGAAUGUGGAAAGGCCUUCAUUCACCCUUAUUUGUCUGGCCUAAUAGGAUCCAUGCUGGAGAAAAACCGUUUGAGUAUAAGAAUAUCAGAGAGCCUUUUGUUAUAGCUCCUCCCUGAUUCCAUAUGGGAAGGCUCACAUGAGGGAGAAACGUCGUGAAUCUAGUGAAUGUGGACAGUCUCUCUGCCUUCAUUCAUUCCUUUCCAAGCCUCAGAGUGUUCAUACUGGGGAGAAACCCUUUGAGCGUAAGAAAUGGGCCAAAGCCUUUUGCAUGUGAACUUGUCUCAGGCACUGUCAGAGAACUCAUACUGGGAAAAGACCUUUUGAAUGUAACUCCUGGGGAAAAUCUUCUGAACAGGGGAAGCUUCGUACUCUGAGGAAUUAUACCAAAGAGAAAUAAGUGUUCGUAUGCUGUGAGAAAAUCUUCUGAGAUCAGUCGUCACUUAUUGUCGCUGGAAGAGUCAUAUAGGAAAUGGAUCCAUCUUGGGACAUUGCAUCUGAGAGUUUAUAAAGGAGAGAGAACCAGUGGCUACUGUGUAGUUUCAAAAGUCUUCAACCAUAGCUCUACCCUUAGUAUGCACUGAAAAAACAACCACAGGAAUAUUUAAAAAACAAAGGAGAAACAAAAAUAUAAGUAGAUAUAACAGGCAAAGAAAUGUAUUUAUGACUUUUUUUCCUGGUUUUCCUGAGAAACCAAUGACAGUUUAUUGCCUGGCUUUUUUUGUUGUUUUUGGGUGGCAGGGGAGGUGUUUGAGAGAUUAACCACCUGAAUUAAUAUGCACUGUGUGCCUUGCCACACCAGGAAAGCUGGAAGCUUGAGAACAUCUCUGCAAAUGUUACUUGUUACAAAACAUCAUCUUAGGUGACACCUUGAUUUAUGAAGCCUUUAAAACUUAAAUUAGGAUACAAAAAUGUUGUCUAAAAUUAUAAUCUAAAGACAUAAGGACACACUUAUGAAUGGGUACAUUUUACUUUACUACUUAAAACUGUUUAAGGCUUCAUUUUUAUUUAUCCAUUUUCGAGAUAUGAUUGACAUAUAACUGUGUACAUUUAAGACGUACAACGUAUUUAUCUGAUACAUUUACACUGUAGCGUGAUGGCCAUUGUAGCGUCAGUUAGCCUCUGUUAUGCCACAGAAUUAUCAUCUCUUCUAGUGGUGGCAACAAAUAAGGUAUCACCUCUUGGCAAGUUUAAUGUUUCUAGUAUAGUUUUAUUGUCUGUAACCCCUGUGCUUCAUGUUCGCGCUCUCGGAAUUAUUUGUCUCGAGUGUAAGUGUAUACCCUGAACACCGUCUCUCCCCUCCCCGACCCCGCCCUCGGCCUUUGGUAACCAUCACUGUAAUGUUUUCCAGCUCAGUUUUUGUUUUGUUUUGCUUUUUCCACAUAUAAGGGAUAUUAUACAAUAUUUGAUGUAUAUCACUUAGCAUAACAUCCUCAAGGUCCAUCUGUAUUGUUGAAAAUGGCAGGAUUUCAUUUUUUCUCAAGGCUGAGUGGUAUUCCAUUGUUGAUGUAUAUAUGUUUUCAUUUAUCCAUUGAUGGACAUUUUGGUUGUUUCCACAUCUUCGCUAUUGUGAACUAUAAUAAACAUGGAAGUGCUCCUAUCUCUUUAAUAACCUGUUUUUAUUUCCUCUGGAGCUUGAGGAUGGUAUUGAUUGGGAUUGCAACUUGUCUGCACCAUGUCCAUCCCCAGCCACAUGGCCUUGGUCAUGUCACUUAGGCUUGGGGUUGAGUAUUUGUGUGUGUAAAAUAGAAACCUUGGUUAAAUAGAGUCAGGAGACCAGCAGGAGGGCGCUCUCACGCCCUGCCACUGACAGCAGAGCCCAACAGGAAGGAGAAAGGUCCUCCUCUUCCAAGAAAAGACGCAGUCAAGGAAAAGCCCUGGACUCGCUCCUGAUUGACUUUUUCCCUCUGUAAAAGUGCUCUCCUCUUGCUGUGCAGGUCCUUGCUUGGUGGCGCGCCAUUAUUGCAGGCUCCAAACCACAAUUCUCAGCUGAUCCUGUGUAAGCCCCUCUUUGCUGGAGAAAUAGCUGGCAGUCUUCAUUUUAGGGGAACAGUGUUCAACAGGAAAAACCCAGAGUUCAGAGUAGGGCCGAUGGAGGUUUUCUGAUGAGACGUAUUGAUGUUCUGGGACUCUUCACCUGUCCCUCCUUCUGCGCUUGAGUCUGGGGGCCUUAAAGGAGGAGUCCUUUCUAGCCCAGCACCCUGAAUCUAAGCCAGGAGUUAUAUGAAGAGGUUCCUGCUUUGGGCAGCCAGUAGAAGGAAGACUGGACUGGUGUAUUAGACUCAGGAACAUCUUAUGCAAAUACUUAGAGGGUGGUGUGACCUUCGAGGAUGUGUUCGUGUACUUCUCCCGGGAGGAGUGGGAGCUGCUGGAGGAAGCUCAGAGACUCCUGUACCGCGAUGUGAUGCUGGAGAACUUCGCACAUGUGGCCGCCUUGGGUUGUUGGUGUGAAGCAGACAAUGAGGAGGCCCCUUCCGAGCAGAUUGUUUGUGUAGAAGGAGUGUCAGAGGUCAGGACUCCUGGGUCCUGUCCACUUAUCCAGAAAGUCCAUCCGUGUGAGAGAAGUGACCCGCUCUUAAAAGACAUUUUCCACCUGGCUGAACACCAGGGUUCAUGCCCUGCACAGAACCUGGACACACGUGACCCCUGUGGGCGAGGAUUCCUGUUGAGUGAAAACUCUCAUCAGCACCAGAAACCACAUAGUGGGCACGAUCCCGUCCAGGGGGGUGGUGAUGAGGCCUCAUGUGUGAAGAGCUGUGCUGCCUAUGAGUUAGGGAGACCUUGUACUUGCAGGGGGAGAGGGAUGGACAUGCUGGAUAGCUCUAGCCUUUUCCAGCACCAGAGCACUCACAGUGGACUGAGUCCACACAGAACAGCUGAGUUUGUGGAAUCAUUUGCACACAAGUUGAGUCUCAGUUGUCACCAGGGAGACAGUGAUGAACUGAUGUUUUUCAGUUGUGCUGACGAUGAGAAAGCCUUCAUGAACGCCUUCAGUCUCCUCGACAGCCAGAUAACUCAGGCGGUUGAAGUGCAGUCCUUUAGGUGCCUACCUUGUGGAAAUCUGUCCAAGGAGAAAUCCACUCUUAUUCAUCAUAGAAAACUUCAUGGUGGGGAAACAUCACAUGUGUGCAAGGAGUGUGGAAAGGCCUUCAUUAACUUGUCUCACCUAAAAACUCACCAGAAAUUUCACACUGGCAAAAGACAAUAUACUUGCAGUGAAUGCGGAAAGGCCUUCAGCCGCAAAGACACGCUUGUGCAGCACCAGAGAGUUCACACUGGAGAAAGGUCUUACGACUGCACUGAAUGUGGAAAAGCCUACAGCAGAAGCUCCCACCUCGUGCAGCACCAGAGGAUUCACACCGGAGAAAGGCCUUAUAAAUGCAGUGAAUGUGGGAAGGCCUUCAGUCGUAAAGACACACUUGUGCAGCACCAGAGAUUUCACACAGGGGAAAGGCCGUAUGAGUGCAGUGAAUGUGGAAAAUUCUUUAGCCAAAGCUCUCACCUUAUUGAGCACUGGAGGAUUCACACCGGGGCGAGGCCUUAUGAGUGCAUUGAAUGUGGAAAAUUCUUUAGCCAUAACUCCAGCCUCAUUAAACAUAGGAGAGUCCACACAGGAGCAAAGUCUUACGUGUGCGGCAAAUGUGGGAAGGCUUUUGGCUGCAAAGACACACUUGUUCAGCACCAGAUAAUUCACACUGGUGCCCGGCCUUAUGAGUGCAGUGAGUGUGGAAAGGCCUUUAGCCGUAAAGAUACACUUGUGCAGCACCGGAAAAUCCACACUGGAGAAAGGCCUUAUGAGUGCAGUGACUGUGGAAAGCUCUUUAGCCAUAGCUCCAACCUCAUUGUGCACCAGAGAAUUCACACUGGAGCGAAGCCUUACGAAUGCAGUGAAUGUGGGAAAUGCUUUAGCCACAAUUCUAGCCUCAUUCUACACCAGAGAGUUCACAGUGGAGCAAGGCCUUACGUGUGUAGUGAAUGCGGAAAAGCUUACAUUAGUAGCUCCCACCUUGUUCAGCACAAGAAAGUUCACACUGGAGCGAGACCUUAUAAGUGCAGUGAAUGCGGGAAAUUCUUUAGCCGCAACUCUAGCCUCAUUCUACACCAGAGAGUUCACACUGGAGAAAAGCCUUACGUGUGCAAUGAAUGUGGGAAGGCCUAUAGCAGAAGCUCCCAUCUUGUCCGGCACCAGAAAGCUCACCCUGGAGAAGGACCUCAUGAAUGCCACAGUUUUGGUGACUCUUUAGCUGCGUCUCUUAAACUUGUUUAACACCCAGAAACUUCACUGGGAGAAGGCCUUAUGAAUGCAGUCAACGCACUGUGUCCCUGUUCAAGAUUAUAGGAGUCACACCAGCAAAGGAGGGAAUCAUUGUUGGUACAGAGACACUGAGAUAAUGGAGUGGGGAUGACUGAGGCUCAUGAGGAUGGGUGUCUGUUCUUAAGGCAGCGUCUCUAUAUGUCCCUGCGAUUUUGGCUCUAUGGCAUGAAAGUAUACAGAAAUUCUCAGGGCCUUCACACCUCUGAGUCUCCUGUGGCCAACACACUGUCUCAGUAAAUAAAGGUUUGUGGAUUCCUGUACCUCCCUGGGCUGUUGAUGUUCUGGCCAUCACUGCACAGGCAGGAACCCCAGCAGUGACAGAAGAAAGAUCCAGGGCUCAGGCUUCUCUGACCAGCCAGCAUUCCUAGUGACUAAGGUGGAUGUGGACUUCAUGCUCUGCAGUUUUUGCUGAUCCUGAGGCAGGGCUUAUGCUCCUAAAUUGUGUAGAGAGGGAUAUGGUAGAACCAGAACAGUUGGCAGAUGGAACUUUCCAAGAAGAAUGGUAAAUAUGGAUAUUUAUGGGGAAUAUUUAGUUCUUAACAUCUUUGUUGAGGUAUGAUGACAUGAAAUAAAUGGCAUGUAUGUAAAGUGUAAAACGUUUUUUGUUUCAGCAUGUGUAUAUUUGAUGAGACCACACAUCAAGAUAAUGGAGAUAUCCAACACAGCCAAGAGAUUCCUUGGGUCCCUUUAUAAUCCUUUCCUCCUUGUCCUUUCUAACCCCUCUUGCCCACAAUUCACAAGUAGUAGCAAGCAUAUUCUAGAAUUUCAUAUAAACAGAAUUAUAUACUUUGUGGAGAGUGGGGACUCUGGCACUUUUCACCAACCGUAACUUUUUUGACAUUAAGCCAUAUUAUUGCGUGUAUCAGUUAUUCAUUUGUAUUGUUGAGUACUAUUCCAUUGUGUGGAUAUACCACAAUUGUUCUUUUAUCCAUUCACCUGUUAGUGGAUGUUUGGGUUGUUUCUGGUUUGGCUGUUACAAAUAAAGCAGCUGUGAAGAUUUGUGUAUUAGUUAUCGUUGAAUUAUAUUCCAUUGUAUGGAUGAACCACAGUUUGCUUAUCCAUUCACUGACUGAAGAACAUCUUGAUUGCUUCCAAGUUUUGCCAUUUAUGAAUAAACCUGCAUUAUGCAUUGUGUGUAAGUGGACGUAAGUAUUCAGUUCAUUUGGGUUCAAGCCAAGGAGUAUGAUUUGCUGGGUCAUAGUAAGGGUAUGUUUUCUUUUUUUUUAAACUUUUUCAUUUUUUUGGCUGUGCUGUGUGUUCAUUGUCAUACACAGGCUUUCUCCACUUGGGGCAAGUAGAGGAUACUCUCUUUGUUCUGGUGCGUGCUUUCGCACUUCGGUGGCUUCUCCUGUUGCAGAGCAUGGGCUCUAGGCUUGCGGGCCUCAGGAGUUGCAGCACAGGCUUGGUAGUUGCGGCGCAUGGGCUUAGGUGCUCAGUGGCAUGUGGGAUUCUUCCCAGACCAAGCACUGAAGCCAUGUCCCCCACACUGGCAUGCAAAUUCUUAACCACUAGACCACCAGGGAAGUCCAGUAAGACACUGCCUUCCGUAGUGGCUGCAAAAAAUCACCUUGCGUUCCCGGCAGCAACAGGUCAGAACCCCGUCACUCCGUGUCUUUGUCAGCACUUGGUGUCAUCAGUGUUCUGGAGUUUUGCCAAACAGGGGUGUGGUGACAGCAUGCUGUUGCUCUAACUGCAAUUCCGUGAUGGCGUAUGAUGAAUAUUUUUCAUAUUCUUUUAACAGUGUCUUUUGCUUUCAGAGCAGAAAUUUUAAAUUUUAGUCAAUUCCAAGAUGCUCAGUUUUUCUUUAAUGGAUUGUGCUUUUGGUGUUGUAGCUAAAACUCCUUGCCAUACCUAAGGUCUUCAUUAUCUCCUGUGUUAUCUUCUAGAUGUUCUGUAGUUUUGUAUUUAGGUUUAUUAUCCAUUUUCUGAAAAUAUUUGUGAAAAGUGUAAGAUUUGUGUCUGAAUCAUUUUUUAAAACCCCAUUUGUUGAAAAGACUAUCCUUUCUCCAUUCCUUAGCCUUGGCUCCCUUUCUAAAGAUCACUUGGCUAUAUUAGUGUGAAUGUAUAGACUCACUGUUCCAGUUCUUUCCAUUUAUUGUGAUAAUCAUAUGGCUGUGGGGGCUUUUUUCUUGUGUCUUAUUUAUAUGGUAUAUUUCAUUAAUUGAUAUUCAAAUGUUAAACCAACCUUGUAUUUCCUGGGACAAAUCCCAGUGGAUCAUGUUGUAUAUCAGUAAAAUCUUAGUAUAGUUCUAUAUAAAUUCUUUGUGUCAGAAUUGAUAAGUGGUAUCUUUCUAGGAAUUUGUCCAUUUUAACUAAAUUUUCUCGUUUGAGAGGGUUAGGAUUGUUUAUCAUAUUCCCUUGGGAGACUCUGAAGUUCUGUAGGGUCAAUAGUGUCUUCACUCCUGAUCUUGUUAAUUUGUUAUCUUCUUUUUUUGUCAGCCAACCUAGAGUUUUGUCAGUUUUGUUGAUCUUUUGAAAGAGAGUUUUUCUUUAAUUGAUUUCUAGAAAAAAAAUUUUUUCUGUAUUCUGUUUCAAUGUUUUGUUCUGAUCUCUUUUAUUUCCUUUUUAAUGUUUGCCUUGUGACUAGUUUUGUCUUAUUUUCCAAGUUUUUUAACAUGGAAGGUUAGGUUAUUGACAUCAUUCUUCUUUUGUAAUAAACUUUAAAGGUUUAUGUUUCCCUCUAAUCAUUUAAUUUGGUUCUAUCACAUCAAUUUUUAUAUGUAGCAUUUAAAUUUUUAUCUAGUUAAAAAUAUUUUUGUUUUUAAAAUUUCCCUUGUAAUUAGGGUAUUGAGGAGUAUAUAAUUUAACAAGUCUUUUCCUAUUAAGUUUGCAGGGGUAGUCAGAGGAAGGCAUGUAAUUUUUCAGUCAGUGACCCAGGUGUUACUCUUGAAACGGGGUAAAUCUGUGGGUUAUUUGAAAUAUCUUCCACUCUUAGGAAGACAUUGAGCUAAGGUGUUGUUGUUUAAUGUAGAAAAAGUAGUCCCAUAUCUACCAGGAACUGAUGAGAAUGACCAAAUAUAGUUAACUCAUGUUUCGUGAAAGAGUAUGGCAGGUUAUUGGGUGUUGUUCCUUCCUCAGAGCACCCUGACUGUCCUGAUUUGAGGGAUUUUCUUUGUGUUAGCUUUUCUUCAUGAGAUAGGACAACCUUUUAAGCUCUGUUUUUGUAUUAGGUCUCCAACCUGAAGUUUAACAUCAUUGUAAAAUGACAUGAAACAGAUACUCCUACAUCAGCACCUCUGUGACUCCCAACUCUGGAAAUUAGGAAUUUUUCCUAGUCUGUUGUGACAAUCUCCUAUGGGUUAAAAAUAUCUUUGUUUUAAUGAUUAAGUUAUUACACAGUCCACUUUUGCUGUUAAUACUUCAGCUAUGGCUUUUAGGAGACUUGGACCUACUCCUGACCUUUCUGACCCUUAGGUUUAUUGUGGAAACGGAACUCCUGUUGGUCCCUUCCUGAUCAGUCCAGUCAGUUCUUGCCACCUUUGACUUACUAUCUUAGCUUCUAACCAGGUUGUAUAAGUUCGGUGACUUUGGUUAGAUGUACCAUAAAGAAUUAUAAAAAAAAUUUUUUUUAAGGAUUCUAAAAAUUUUUAAUAAUUGCUGAUUUUCCUUGGGUUGAAGAGAGUCUUUACUUAUACCUCUUAAUUCAGCUUACAUCCAAGGUUUAAAAUCUACAAUUUCUUGCAUUGCUGAUUCGUGGCUGGCAUUGAUCUUUAGAGAUAACUGGCAUUUGGGGUUUUAAGACAGCUGUUAAGAAAAGGUGGUGAAACUGAGUCCCACUAAACUGAGUUCCCCUGCUGAGUUUAUGAUUAACCUCUCUAUCCAAAACUGUUCCCUUUCUUUUCCACUCUUACCUAAAUCUUGUGCUAACUGAACACUAAUCAGCCAGUCAGAUGACUAAAAUCACUGUUGUUGAUACCAUUGUUAAUGUACAGACCAGAGUGUUUAUCCAGGACAAGACGAGCUGACAAGUUCUAGGUCAUGGACAACCAGACCAGAGAAUCAUAAACCAUAGGCAUCCUUAUUCCUGGAACUGUGAUUAAGAAAUGUCACAA